UUUCAGGAGAGUGAGAUGAGCCUGGAAACAGUGGGAAGUGUUUAUCGGAACCUUCAGUCAAAGGUUCCACCUCAACUUAGUUUCAUUCAAAGCGUGGAAACAAGUUUAUAUGAAUCAGAUGUGUCAUCUGCAUCUGACCCCAUUAUAAAUUUUAUAAUCUCCCUGGAAGGAGCAAGGAACCUUGAUGUGCUGAUUCCAUCUGACCUACCCCAGCCAGAUCCCUCUGGCUUCUACUUGUUUGUUCCCUUUGUUGGGAUUCAUGAGUUUAGGGGGAACUUCAGUGAUCCAUCAACAUUCAAAGGCAGAAGAUCUCUACGAUUCCAUGCUUCUCUGGAUUCAUUUCAAGAGUUGCUCUCACUUCACCAAAGACUCAGCAUCUACCUAGCUUUCUCCACUGUCUGCUUGGCAGUGGCAGAAUUUGAUCUUGAAGAUCUCAGAGAUUGCUUCAACACCACAUCAUGGCAGGAUGGACUUGAAAAGUCACACACUUGUCAAUUUCACACCCUCCUUCAUAAUUUCACAAUUCCUGAAGAUGCCAGGGAAGGACCAGAAGUCCUAGUGAAGGUUUUGCUGAAAGUAGAAGAAGUACCUGUACGUGAGACCAGAGGAUGGAAUCCACUGGUAUCUGGUGCCCUCCAGGAACAAUAUCCUCAUUCUUUUCAAAAGCAAGUGUCUUCAAGAAUGGACUUGAAACCUGUGCCUACAGACUCGUUGCAUCGGUUUCAACUGCGUCUGGAGUUCCGUGCCCUUGAGAUGACUUCAGAUUCUGAUUUGGAUUCCCUGAAUUUGGAUUUUUUCUACCCACUGAUCCAUGGAACAGCACCAGUGAUGACAAGGUUAAAAGCUGUGAAGAGAAUGGAGCGAUACAUCUUUGAGGAGCGUGCAGUUCUUUUUUCAAUUGUGACCCUUACCUGUAACUUAGUUCAUGUUUGUCAUCAUCAUCCCCUGGUCAUUCGUAUUAAGAAUCCCUCAGGACGUCUCCUGGGACUUGGGAAAGUUCGACUGGGCCAGCUCCUUCAGACAGAAGCAACCAAAGUCAAAAGAGAUGAUAGAGAGUGCAUUGUGAAUGUGCUUGCAGUCUCAGUCCCUCUGAAGCGAUAUUCACAGGGAAAGCCUCAGUUUGGCUCACUCUAUAUAGCAAUGGAACUGGCUGAUUUUGGAGAGUUGGACUCAACCAAUUUAACUGUGGAUGCUGCAGUUCAGACUCUUGCUGAGAGGAUGAUUGGGGAGGACAAGAAAGGGAAGGAUAUGCUGAAGCGACUUGAGAAGGAAAAUGAGGAUUUGAGAUCUCGUCUUACCAUGGCCAUGAAAGAAGCUGACUUCAAAACCUAUCAGGCUGAGACUGCUGAAAGAAAGGUGGAGCAUGAGCGGGUAAGGUUAGAUGGUGAAAAAUCAGCUUGGGAGGAGGAGAGGCUUCGAUAUCGCAGGGAUCUGAAAUCUCUUUCCGGAGAGAAGCAGGUCCUGCUAAUGGAAAGAGAUACACUUGCAAGGGAAGUUGGUGACCUCAAAGCCCAGAUCGAUACUCUGUCGCAAGAGGUCACACGUGUCAUCAAGCGUCGCUCCCUUGAGAUGGAGGAAGUGAAGGCUGAACAGCAGAGGGAGAUUUUUACAUUAAAGGAGGAAAUUGCAAAAUGGCAGGAGACUGCUCGACAAGCUGAGACUGCAUGCCACAAACUCAAGUUGCAGUAUGGGACCCGGAUGGCAAGUGCAGCUCUGAAGCAAGAUGAACGGACACUCUCCAGCGUAGCCGAGGACAUUUCCCGCCUCCUUGCUGACAUGCGAGUACGAUCCAUUCAACAUCAAGGUCAAGGAGAGAAAGAGAAGGGAGGAAAGGAUUUGGAGAGAUGGAGACUUGAACAUGAACGGAAGAGGCUUCUGAGUUCGGGCAUCUACCGAGACACAGAUGCACUCAUUCAAAAACUCUCCCAACGGAUUCAUAGCUUGGAUUUCCAACAUUAAUCCUCACACUUUCACUUUUACCUCAGGAUGGUGGCGUUCCAUCCAUGUAUGACCCUCAAUCUCAUCAUGAUUCUUCACUCAGAAAUUGUUCCCUCUGGGAAUGUUUCUGUAAUUUUUUAACUUAUUAUAUUGACUUUUUUAUUUUUAUGUUGAUUUUCAGUCUUAUUCAAUAAAGGAGAGACAGAGGC